AUGCAUGUUAUGCAAAGUUCGCGUGAGUGGAAGCAGUCUUGGCCCAAGCAUAUUCGUUGGAUCUGGAACAAACAAGUCACUGCCAACGGGGAGGAUCCUCGCCGUGUUGUUCUCGUCACGACCUACAACGCCUGGCAAGCGAGGUCUGCCAAGGAGAAGUCGAAGGACUCGCUAUUCAACCAAUAG